ACUCAGCCCGUGGCUGAGUGGGAGAUAAGCCAGGCAAAGGCACAGAGAAGACCCAGCCCUCAAGCUCCCCGCACCAUCCUGGUAGUAAGUGCAGGCUGGAGCUGCAGGGUGAGACUGUUAGCCAUCAAGGACAAUGAUCUUGCAUUCGCUGCCUAAGUGAAAGCUGAAGGUCUGUGGUGUUUCCAUUUCCUUGUCCUUGUCCUUGUCCUUGUCAAGCCUGGGUCACGAUGUCAGGAGCCUCCAAGGAAAAUCUGGGCCCCCAGGGCCUGCCAGUGUUGGGCAAGGCCUGCCUCACUGCCAUGGACAGCAAGCUUAAUGUGCUAAAUGAGAAGGUGGACAGACUCUUGCAUUUCCAGGAAGAUGUCACGGAGAAACUUCACUGCGUGUGCCAGGGCAUGGGCAGCCUGCAGCAAGGCCUUCAGCGGCUGGAGGCCUCCCGAGGGCUUGGCCUGGCAGGUGUUGACUGUGCGUCUGCAGCUGAUGCUCAGGCUGGGUGGCCUGAGGUCCUGAAGGUGAUGAGGGCUGUACAGCAGGACGGUGCCCAGCACGGUGCCAGGCUUGAAGCCCUCUUCAGGAUGGUGGUGGCUGUGGACAAGGCCAUUGCUCUAGUGAGGGCUGUGCUACAGAGCUCGAAGCUGGUGGAUUUCAUCAUGCAAGGGAGGAAAGGCAGCCUGGCUGAUGUCCCUGAGGAGAACAAAGAGUCAGUGGAAGAGAAGGGAGCAAAACCAAAGCACUCACUCAGCACCAGGGCUAUGCAAGCUGGCAUCAGGGAGCCUUGGGAAGAGAGCCAAAUGCUGGAUCUACCUGAUGGGACAGCAGAAAGGCUGUUCCCCUCAGGGAUGGGAGCGGACCUUCUUGCCCAGGCAGAGAUCUCAUCAGGGCAGGGAGAUGGAGUCCCUGGCCCAGGCCAGGUGUCCCCUAGUGUCCUGCUGCUGCCCACAGAAGCCUGUGCCAAAGUUCCAGAAACAUCCAGCAAGAAGCCCAGGAAUGGUCUGGAAUCGUCUGCAACACCUGACAGGGUUGGUGAGGCUCCUGCUGGCCAAGAGAUGGCAUCUCACACAAGACCAGAGACAUCGUCUACCAAGCUGGAUAUUCAGCCUUUAGAAGAGGGCAUGAGAUUGACAGCAGAGCCCAUCCCUCCAUCUGUAGGGCCUCUGGGGCCAGUAAGCCUGGCCAGGACAGUUUGCAGUGGUAGAGAAAUGUCUCGCAGGAUCUCCAUUCAUGUGCACCAGAUGGAUACUCCUGUGGAACUGCUGGUGACACGAGGGGGCAGCCUUAGACCCAUUCUCCCUGCAGAGGCUCCAGUGGCUGCCUGUCCAGGUGAGCAGGACCUGCCUGAGGCCACGUGCUAUGCCCAGGCCACUGGGACUGAGUCAGGAGAGCAAACUUUUCGAGGAGCUGGGAGCAUCUCCCCACUGCCUAGGACGAGCAACCACGCAGUGGACGAAGAGAAACAGUGGUCUGGUGCUGAGCCCAUCACAGGACGGAGUAUGGCCAGAAGAGACAAGGGAGAUGCUGCUGCUGAGGCCCUGGGGAUACAGCAGGAAAUAAGCCCAGGAGCGAGACCCCUGGAUCCUGUGAGGGUCCUCACAGCUGGAGGCCUGGGGAGAGCUGGAGCAGGAGGGCAGUCACCCCCGGGUGCAGAGGCUGGCAGCACAGUUCUGGAUGACAGCCCAACCCCUGGAGCCCCCUUUGAACACCGGGUGGUGAGUGUCAAGGAGACUCCAAUCUCUGCGGGCUACACAGUGUGCCAGCACCAGGUCUUGGGCGGGGGCCGGUUCGGCCAGGUCCACAAGUGCACGGAGAAGUCCACGGGCCUCCCACUGGCUGCCAAGGUCAUCAAAGUGAAGAGUGCCAAGGACAGGGAGGAUGUGAAGAAUGAGAUCAAUAUCAUGAACCAGCUCAACCACGUGAACCUGAUCCAGCUCUACGAUGCCUUUGAGAGCAAGAACAGCUUUACCCUUGUCAUGGAGUAUGUGGACGGGGGUGAACUCUUUGACCGGAUCACAGAUGAAAACUAUCACCUGACAGAACUGGAUGUGGUCUUGUUUACCAGGCAGAUCUGUGAGGGUGUACAUUACCUCCACCAGCACUACAUCCUGCACCUAGACCUUAAGCCAGAGAACAUACUGUGUGUCAGCCAGACAGGACACCAAAUUAAAAUCAUUGACUUUGGACUGGCCAGAAGGUACAAACCUCAGGAAAAACUGAAGGUGAAUUUUGGUACUCCUGAGUUCCUGGCCCCGGAAGUUGUCAACUAUGAGUUUGUCUCUUUCCCUACUGACAUGUGGAGUGUGGGAGUCAUCGCCUACAUGCUACUCAGUGGUUUGUCCCCAUUUCUAGGGGAAACCGAUGCAGAGACCAUGAAUUUCAUUGUGAACUGUAGCUGGGACUUUGACACUGAUACCUUUGAAGGGCUGUCAGAAGAGGCCAAGGACUUUGUUUCCCGGCUACUGAUCAAAGAGAAGAGCUGCAGAAUGAGUGCCACACAGUGCCUGAAACAUGAAUGGUUGAAUAAUUUGCCUGCCAAAGCCUCAAAAUCCAAAGUUCAUCUCAAAUCCCAACUAUUGCUGCAGAAAUACAUGGCCCAGAGAAAAUGGAAGAAACAUUUCUACGUGGUGACUGCUGCCAAUAGGUUAAGGAAAUUUCCAGCGUCUCCUUAAUAGUCAACUCCAUUGCUCCAAAACACCCAGAAAUUACUGACACCACUGUUGAUUUGAAGAACUGACUCAAGGGUUUAAAUAACCUGGCAUUUUACAAUUAUUGAUUAUUCUAAUUUUGUAAAAAAAAAAAAAAGUUGACUUGCUUUUAUGACUAUAAAGCAUUUUAGAAACCUCCUUUCCCCUAUAAGAUCAGUAAGUUUGAAAUGCUGUGAUUACUUUUCAGAAUUAAAAUGUAGGCUUGCUUAGGUAAGUACAAAAGGUCCUACUCUGGAUAUGUCAAAUUUAAAUUUGAAACUUAGCUAUUAUACGAAGACAUGUUUCUCAGAGUUACCUCUUCCAGUGCAAAUGUUCCAGUACAAAGAAUUCCUACAAUUUUGAUCUAUUUAUGUGUGAGCAAAUCUUGUAUUGCCCUACUCUAGUGUCAAGCUGUAUGGAUUUAGGACAGUAAUCUCAAAACUUGUUUUAACUUAUGUUCUCUUUUAAGAAUCAACACCAACAUGCUACAUUUAGUGUUGGCUAAAAUUUCAGAAUAUGUGAAUUGUGACUAAAUCUGAAACGUUUUCAUUUGAUGUUAGAUAAAAGGCUGAGAAAUGACUAUAUCUGAAAAUUUUGAAUGUGUUUUUAAAUUCUGUAUCCCUUUCGUUCUCUACCUCUGUGGUCUUGACCCAUAUUUGGUUAUGAACUUGUGGUCUUACAAAUCUGGAAAUUGAUAUGCAAUAUAUGAAGAAUGUAAUGAUGUUCAUCUUUUUGGGAGAAACACAGAAAUGAUAUAGUAUGAAGCAAUAAAGAAGUGCUCUUCUACUGCUAAGGAGAUACUUUCAAUGUCAUUUUAAAAUUGUACUUCUUAAAAUACUGGUGUAUUUGAAAUCUUUACUACCUGGAUUACAAUAGUUGCAUCAUCCAUUCACUGAAAUAAUGCUAAGUGAGAUGAGCAGCUAAAAUACUCACAAAUUUUCAGUACUUUUUUUUUUUUUAGCCCGGGCUGGCCUUGACAUUGUGGCAAACCUCACGCCACCAUGCUCGACUCAUUUCAGCAUUUUAUCCCUUUACUAAAAGAAUAUUUUAUUAUUUAAAAGCUAACAAUUUAAAAAAUUUCUUUACAUCUGCUUGAUGUUCUUGUUUUUUUGAGAUGAUCUCACUGUACAGUUCAAACUGGCCUUGAAUUCAGUGAUCCUCCUGCCUCAGCCUCCAGACUGCUGGGAUUACUGGCACACAUCACCAUACCAGUUCACUUUUGCCUAAUUUUUAUGGUACAGUACUUCAAUUACCUUCUUUAAUCAGCUGUUUAAGUUGCUGUAGCCACUUAGCUUUCAAUUAGACUAAUUAAAAACUAAUUAAUUAAUCAACAGUUUCACAGCCUUUCAGGAUUUUUUUUCUUCACCAGAAUAAAGACUUUCCUGGGUUGUAACUUUGCUUUGAAAAGUUAACCCUCAUCAGGGAGCUACGCCUUUUUGUAUCAGCAUGGCUAUGCCUGCUCCAAAUUGACCAACUGAUCAACCCAAGAAAUGAUGCUGGAAACUGCUUUUAAUGAGACAAUAACAGUGAUUUGUUUUCACUUUUUAGGUAUCAAUUACCUUUAUGGAAAUGUGCAUUAAAAAAAUGGUACAGAGCAUUUAACUAUGGCAUGUGCACACAUCCCCACCCCAUCCCCCCUUUUUUAAAGAUAAGGUCUUGCUAAAUUGAACUGCCCAGGCUGGUCUCAAACUUGGGAUCCUCUGGUCUCAGCUUCCCAGAGUUCCAGCAUUAUAGGUGUGCCCACCCCAGUAUGGCAAAGGUUCUUGAGGGUAAGUAGGGAGAUUAUUUUGCAAUUUUACCUAAUGUGGUAGUUCUUAUUCUAUUUGGCAUUUGAGGUUCUCUUGGAAGGCUAUGAUCUUCCCAGAAAAAAAUGCAAUUACCCUGCUCUAGAGCACUACUGUUUAGAGAACUAUGAGCCAUUCAUUAUUUAAGAAUUUCUACUAGUUCCUUUAAAAAUAUUGAUACUAAUUUAAAUAAUUUAAUCCAAUGUAUCAAAAACAUUUUAAUAUGUAAUCAACAUAAAAUUAUGGACAUACUUUUUCAUGCUAAGGCUCUAAAAAAUAUGGUAUAUAAUUUACACUUGCAACAUGUAUUCAUUUAGAUGCUAGGUUUUCAUGGGAAAUAACUUUUAGGUUUCAUAAAAUUUGUUGGGGAAAAUAUUUAUGCACUCAAGUUACUUGAAACAUACUUAAGUUUUCCCAAUAAUUUAAGGAAGUACUUGUUUUGACAUUUAAAAUAAGAUUGAAAACUCAGUUCUGUAAUUGCAUUCGUCACAUCUGAAGUGUUUAAUAGCCAUGUGUUUAGUGGCAUCUAUUUGGACAGAGAUCUGGAAUCCUGUACCAGUCUACCAAAUUUUUUUUUUUUGUCUUUUUCAUUUUUAUCGGUACCAGAGAUCGAACUCAGGACGGCCUGCUUGCAAGGUGCUUAUACCGCUCAGCUAAAUCCCAGCCCCCCAGUAUACCAAAUAUUGAUUUGUCUUUUCCCCCUUAUGCUGUCAUUACCUUAAGCAACUAUUUCUUUCUAACCCUCUCUAAAGGUAUGUUUAGGACAGGUCCACACAAGUGAGAGGUAAUGUGGAUUUUAGAUUCCUUGAACUGAAAUUAUGAGUGGGGUGUAGCAAUGGUGCCAGUCUGUAAUACCAGUACUCAGGAUCACCUGAAGUUUGAAGUCACCCUGGGCAACACAGUGGGUUCAAGCCCAGCCUAAAAUAUGUAGCAAGAGUCUUUGUCCAAAAUCAAUACCAAACAAAACAAAACAAACAAAAAGCAAACAAACCUUAUCUUGCACUUUUAUGAAGUUUGAGGUUUCUCUAAUUUGUUAAUGUGUAUUUGGCCCCCAAAAGUUUAGAUUACAACUAUGGUUAGCAACUAUUUAUUAUGGGGCUCUUUCAUUUGAUAAAAACAAUAGUGAUUGAAAACUGUUAGGCAAGAAACCCUAAAAGAUAGGGUCCACUUUAUUCACUUACCUGAUGACUGGAGUUGAGAUAAAGGUGUGGGAAAAACAGCAUUUUCCUAAUUCUGGUGACAGCUAUCCAAAUGUUAUACAACCAUAUAGCAAUUCCAUUUUUAGACAUUAUCAUCCAGUACUUGAACAUGUAUACAGAAAUUUUUGCAGUGUUCCUUGUAGCACUGUUGCUAAGGAUCAAAUGGAAACAUCACAUGCCUGCCCACCUGCCUGGGUUGUGAGUGCCACCAUAUCCUUAUAGUAGAUUCACAGGUUUUAAAGGUAGAGCUAGAUGUACUGACAGCCACCUUUCUUUUAUAGCAUAUAUAAAUGGUAUCACCCACUGAUGAAGAGAUGCAUACAUACUCAUACAUACAUUACAGUUAUCGGACAUGUAAGAAACUAAAAAAAGUAGGGUGUGGAGAAUGGGUGAUCAGAAGGGAAAUUCUUGUGCUUGGGAGAGGGAAUUCUAUGUUUUGUAGCUUUCUGAACCACCUGAAUUUGUUUUCAACAAGCCUGUACUGAUUUCAUAAUAAAAAAAUUUGUAACAGUA